ACUUCCAUCCAUCCUCCCAAAACAUCCUCUCAGUCCUCACAGAAAUGUUCGAACUUGUACUUUAAUCUAACUCUCACCCCGGCGCACACUGACCUCUGGAUACACGUCAAGAACAGCUCUAAGGAUCCAUCCUGUUACUCAGAGGAAACACAGGCUGCACCGCGUCUGUUUUAAAAACAGACAAAAAGUAUCUCGUGGGAUUAAAAGGGACGAGAGACGAGGGCAGCUGCGUUACAAACUGUUACCUGACAGAGGGUCAGGGAUCAUGACAGCGCUAGCAGGAGGUUUACCGAGAAUGAUGAGACCAACUCCUCACCAAAACUACCCCCGAGGAGGAUACUCUCUGGAAGUGUCCACUCCGUUAGGACAGGGUCGAGUCAACCAGCUCGGUGGCGUCUUCAUAAACGGCAGACCUCUCCCCAACCACAUCCGACAUAAAAUCGUGGAGAUGGCGCAUCACGGUGUCCGUCCGUGCGUCAUCUCCCGCCAGCUGCGCGUGUCCCACGGCUGCGUGUCCAAAAUCCUCUGCCGGUACCAGGAGACAGGCUCCAUCAGGCCGGGGGCGAUCGGAGGCAGCAAGCCAAAGCAAACUUCGUCUCCAGAAGUGGACAAGAAAAUCGAAGAGUACAAGAGAGAAAAUCCGGGCAUGUUCAGCUGGGAAAUCAGGGACAAAUUAUUAAAAGAUGGGAUCUGCGACAGGAACAACGUUCCCUCAGUGAGCGCUAUCAGUCGCAUCAUGCGCUCUAAAUUCGGUGGAGUGGGUGAUGAUGAUGAGGAUGAUGAAGAAGUGGUGAAAAGGGAGAUGGAGGAGAGCGAACCACGGACAAAACACAGCAUCGACGGGAUUCUGGGAGACAGAUCAAGUCACUCGGAUGAGGGCUCUGACGUGGAUUCGGAGCCGGGCCUGCCUCUCAAGAGGAAGCAGCGUCGCAGUCGCACCACCUUCACGGCGGAGCAGCUGGAGGAGCUGGAGAGGGCCUUCGAGCGCACGCAUUACCCCGACAUCUACACGCGGGAGGAGCUGGCUCAGCGAGCCAAGCUGACGGAAGCUCGGGUUCAGGUGUGGUUCAGCAACAGAAGAGCCAGGUGGAGGAAGCAAGCAGGCGCCAGUCAGCUGAUGGCGUUUAACCACCUCAUCCCCGGUGGUUUCCCUCCAUCAGCCAUGUCAGGCCUGCAGCCCUACCAGCUGUCUGACAGUCCCUACACUCCUACUUCUAUAUCUCAAGCAGCAUCCGAGCAGCCCAGUACAGUCCACAGACCUCAGCCCCUGCCCCCCACCUCCGUGCACCAAACUGGGCUCAGCUCGUCAGCCGGCUCGCAGGAUGGAGGCUCAGCGUACUGCCUCUCCUCCGGACGUCACGGCUUCUCAGGCUACUCGGACAGCUUUGUGGCCACAACGGGACACACCAACACAGUCAACCCUGCCAUCAGUAACAGCCUCUCACCUCAGGUCAUGGGCCUAUUGAACCCAGGUGGAGUUCCACAUCAGUCCCAGAGUGACUUCACCCUCUCCCCACUGACCGGAGGCCUGGAGCCUAACAGUGGCAUGGCUACAAGUUGCCAUGGUUCCCAGCGUCUAGAGGCUCUACAAGGCCUGACCAGUAUGCCCACUCUGCCCAGCACCCAGUCUUACUGCCCACCCUCAUACACUACCCCAGCCUACGCCGUGGACCACCAUCCAUCCUACCAAUAUGGACAGUACAGUCAGAGCAAGGUGCCUUUCAUUAUAUGAAACCCCCAACAUGCUCUAAACAGGAGGCAUCCCAGACAGUCUGACAUUCAUCGCUAGAGAACAACCUCCCCCCAACGCUAACAUGCUGCCUUUGCCAAACCUCCCCAGCCCUGAGGACAGCAAAACACAGAGAGAGGGAGAGGGAGAGAGAGAGAGA